UUCAGUUUUGGCGAAUUGGAUAGUUAGCAAAGCAGUGCAGCACAGGCCAGGAAGGAGUACUGCCAAACGUGUACCCUGAAAAUUCAGACAGCAAAGAUAGCGACCUGGAUGAUCGGAUGGAGGCCCUCUUGGACGACGUGGAGGUGUCGGACGUUUCGUGUGUGGGCAAUGAUAGCCUGAUCUUGCACAGUAGGUCUGGUUCAGAUGGAUCUAGUGAAUCUGGAAUGCAGAUGAUGGAUGGCUUGCAACCUGAUGGUGUUAAGGAAGGAGCAGGACACGAUCCUGAAACCAAACAUCACAAUGAACGAAAGUUUCCCAUCCAUGCAGAGCCCAUGGAAACAGCUAAGCAAACUGCGAAUUUGGCAGUGGAAGAAGCGGUUGGCCCAGUUGAAGCCCUGUCCCCAGCUGCCGAAAGUGAGGCAGCAGCCACUAAUGAAGAGCCAGUUGGAGAGCCAGAACAAUCGUCAACUGUGAAAGACCAAGAAGCUGUCACUGCUACUGGGCCUGUUAAUGGACUAGCUCAGAAGAAGCGUAGGAAGCGCAGGACAAGUAUUAUAUCUUCAGCAGGAAGCGCAAGUCCCCUGCAAGUCGAAAGCCGCGCACUCAAAAGGUUCCGAUGGAGUCUUUACCCGAAGAACCCGUUUCAUCUGAAGACAAAGAACCUGUUGCUGAAGAAAGUCAGGUCCAAGAGGCGGAGCUGUCUGAGCCUGAUGAAGCAGAGGUCCAAGAACCCAAAGCCUCUGAAGAGGAGAAAGAAGCCUCUCUGCCGAUGAAGAUCAGCAGGAAGCGUAAAGGUGCUCCUGAGCCAAAGGAGACUCUACCUGGUGUACGUGGCACCCUGGUUGGCACAUGGAAUUACUCCCCAGGCAAGGAAGACCGGCCCCUCACGCUGAUCAAAGCCAACCUUCCAACCAAGAGUUGUCAUCUGAAGAUUUACAGCACCCCUUGCAACGACGAAGAUUCUGCAGGCGAUGUUGACCCUCAGGUGCAGCUGAAAAUCGUCAGGUGGGCGGACGAAGACGCUGAACCUGCUCCUCAGGAUGAUUUUCCUGAUGACAUUCCUGCGAAGAAGAUGGUUGCGUCUUCCAUCAGCAAGCCAGCUAAGGAGAGGAAAGAAGCCAAGAUGUCCAGAAUGGCGAAGCUGAAGGGGCAGCUGUCCAAGACUUACACGUUUUUGCAGCCCAAAAGCUUCAGUAGCUGAGAGGUAGGAAUUGUCAGUUAUUUGUUUAUUCAAAAAGUUCGUAAUAGGCCCCGAGCCCUGAAAAAUAAUGUUUUGGAAUUUAUUCUAAUAUUUCUCGCUCUCUUAAAACGCUUUGAUCUAAGCAAGUUGUGAAUUAAUUAAAUAAAUCCAUUUGAAUUGAUUU